AUGUUUGGAUUCUCUCGUAAGCACAAGAAACUUGGAAGAGUGAAGAAGGUUCAACUUUCUGACACUACACACGGAACUAGAACUCCUAUUAGGCAUCCUAUACCAAAUGAAAACUCUAAUGGUGAUGGAGUUGCCGGGACUAGUGGUCAUUCUUCUUCUGAGGAUAUUGAUUGUCAAGUUUCAUCUACUGCACCUGAGAUAAGUAAUUGUGCAUCAGGUAGUUCAGAGAAUUGGAUGGUGUUGUCAAUUGCAGGAGAUAAGCCCGUUCCUAGAUCCUAUCAUGCAGCAUGUGUUAUUGAGAAUAAGAUGAUAGCGGUUGGUGGUGAAUCUGGGAAUGGAUUGUUAGAUGAUGUGCAGGUUCUAAAUUUUGACACAUUUUCAUGGACCACGGUGUCAUCCAAGCUAUACUUGUCGCCAAGUAGUCUUCCAUUACAGAUUCCAGCUUGCAAGGGUCAUUGUUUGGUUUCUUGGGGGAAAAAAGCACUCCUCAUUGGAGGGAAAACAGACCCUGGAAGCGACAAAAUUUCUGUAUGGGCGUUUGACACAGAGACCGAGUGCUGGUCACUCAUGGAAGCAAAGGGAGACAUACCGACUGCUCGCAGUGGUCAUACAAUUGUUAGGGCUAACUCUACUUUGAUAUUGUUUGGGGGAGAAGAUUGCAAAAAGAGGAAAUUGAAUGAUCUACAUAUGUUUGAUCUCAAGUCCUUGACAUGGCUUCCACUUCAUUGCACGGGAACAGCACCUUCUCCAAGAUGCAACCACGUCACGUCUCUUUACAAUGGUAAAAUUCUUUUUGUAUUUGGAGGAGCAUCAAAAUCUAGGACCUUGAAUGACUUGUACUCACUCGACUUUGAAACGAUGGCGUGGUCAAGAAUAAAGGUGCGUGGUUUCCAUCCAUCACCAAGAGCUGGUUGUGGUAGUGUUUUAUGCGGCACUAAGUGGUAUAUUGCAGGUGGUGGAAGCAGGAAAAAACGACAUGGAGAGACUUUGAUAUAUGAUAUUAAAAAAAGUGAGUGGUUUCUAGAAAUUGCUUCACCUCCUUCUUCUAUCACUACCAACAAGGGAUUUAGCUUGGUCCUUGUGCAGCACAAGGAAAAUGACUUUCUUGUUGCAUUUGGGGGAUCGAAAAAAGAGGCAUCAAAUCAGGUGGAAGUGUUGAAAACAGAAAAAAAUGAAUCUGCUUCCAGAAGACAUCCAUCUAACACCAAAGGUCCAGGAUCUAUACUUGAAAAACAUUCAUCGCCCACUCAACAUAGAAAUGACUCUUCUCAGCAUUUCAUCGACUCUAUUGUUAGACAAAAUCUAAUAUCUGCAAUUGAACAUGGUUCUGAAAGGAAAUCUCUGUCAGAAGCUCUGUCUGUACAAGAUUCUGGUUCUCUCUCUACCAACAUCUCCCUUCACAGUCAAUUUGAUCCUGAUUUAGAAUUCAAUGUAGAUGAUAGGGGUGACAAGCAUUCGGAAGAUGAAAGUUCUUUCCAUGAAAACGUUACAUCAGGAACAUUGUCUACUGCUUCAAAUAUAUAUAAUUAUUAUGAAACAAAAAUGUCCUCCCUAACAAGAAAAUUCGGCAUUCUGGAGGCACAAUUGGCAGCUUCAUUAGAAAGCAAAGAAGCUGCUGAGAAAAAUUUAGCGUCCACUUUUAAAAGCAAGCAAGAGAUGGAUAAAAAAAUGGCUGACACACUAAAGGAUAUUGAAUUACUGAGAGAGAAGCAGGUUGGUGCAGAGUUAGCUCUAGAAGAGGCUAACAACCUAUCUGACAUUGUACAUUCUGACAAUGUAAGACUCGAACAUGACGUGGCUUUCCUCAAGGCUGUUUUAGAUGAUACACAAAAGGAAUUGCACUCUACAAGAGGAGUUCUUGCAGGAGAAAGAGCCAGGGCAUUCCAGUUACAGGUCGAAGUUUUUCACCUCAAACAGAGACUGCAAUCGAUGGAAAACCGGACACCUACUCCGAGGAAACCUUUUCAUGUGUAG